GUUGCAGCUUCCACUGAAGUAUUGCUGUUGCCUCAGGAGGCAAUAAAUUCAGUUCUUAUCAAUAUCAGUGUGCAGCAGAUACAGUGUCAGAAGACUUCCAACUUGCAGUAUUCUUCUCAUGCUUUCCAGUCAACAUGUCACCCAAAAGAAGUUCAAGAUGCCAGCUGCUAGUACAUGUAGCUGUGGGGUUCACCAUUCUGUAUACAAAGGACCUACAUGCAGAUGCUCAACCUGAACCUUCUGCCCCCCCUCCAACCAUGCCUCUACCCACUACAAUUAUCACGCAACCACCACCACCAUCAUCACCAACACCACAAUCACACUCUGGUAAACCCACAAAGACGAAUUGGGCCACUGAUGGUGAAAAGGACAGAUUACUUCAAUGGUUGGUUGAUGGAUGUUGGAGUGAAACCCAUUUAACAUGUCUAAAUGUCACGGAACCUGAAGAUGUUGAGUAUGAAGGCUAUGACGGAUUUUACAACAACCUUGCUCGGCCUGACUUGGGUGCUGUCGAUACUCCUCUGCUACGACGCUGGCCAGCAGCAUAUAAGGAUGGUGUGUAUGAACCUUCAGGUCAUGAUCGACCUAACCCACUGGAUCUCAGUGAACAACUACUGAAAGGAACAAUUGGUACUCAGUCAUCAACUGGAAAAACUGCACUACUUGUAUUCUUUGGUCAACAAGUGGUUGAGGAGAUCUUGGAUGCACAAAGAGCUGCAUGUCCUCCAGAAUACUUCAACAUAAAAAUACCAGAAUAUCAUUCAUACUACAAAAAUAAACCGAAUCACUCUGAAAUACCACUGUUGAGAACACGCUAUGAUAUGCGCACAGGGUUCUCACCGAACAAUCCUCGUCAGCAGUUGAAUGAGAUUACACCAUGGCUUGAUGGUGGUCUUAUCUAUGGAACAACCAAAGCUUGGUCUGAUCACCUACGGCUGUAUGCAAAUGGAACACUGGCUCCUCAUGGUCUACUGGCAAGUUCACAUAAUGGACUAUUUCCAGACUACAACAAAAUGAGGCUUCCCAUGGCCAAUCCACCACCCCCAGUUUAUCACAGCGAGUUUAGCGAGAAGCACGAAAUCCACAAAGUUGAAAGAUUUUUUAAACUGGGAAAUCCUCGUGGUAAUGAGAACCCGUUCCUAUUGACAUUUGGUAUUCUCUGGUUUCGUUGGCAUAACCACAUAGCCCACUAUCUACACAAAACACACCCUAAAUGGAAUGGUGAAAAGAUAUACAAUGAAGCGAGAAAGUGGGUCAUUGCUAGUCAACAGCAUAUUGUGAUAAACCAGUGGUUGCCAGAAUGGCUAGGGAAAAGACUGGAUGAUUAUAAAGGUUAUGAUCCAAGUAUUGAUCCACAGAUAGAUCAAUUCUUUCAAGCAGCAGCUUUCAGAUUUGGACAUACACUUGUACCACCAGGUGUAUAUGUAAGAAAUUAUGCCAAAGAUGGCUGUGAGCUAGUAAAAGCCCUCAGUAAGAAAGACAAGAUUAAAGAUCUGAUUCUUAAUGGCACUAUCCGUACUUGCAACAGUUUCUGGAGACCUCAGGAUUUUAUCCAAGCUAACACAACAGAAGGAAAAUUCAUUGACAUUGAUCGUUUACUGAUGGGAAUGGCCUUCCAGUUAUGUGAAAAAGAAGAUCAUCAAAUAGUUGAAGAUCUACGAGGACGAGUGUUUGGGCCAUUAGAAUUUUCAAGACGAGACCUAAUGGCAAUCAAUAUUCAAAGAGGUCGUGACCAUGGUCUUCCAGAUUACAAUACUGCUCGCCAAGCCUUUGGCUUGAAAAGAAGAGAAGACCUGAAUGACUUUAAAAAUGUAGAUGCAAAGAUUAAAGCAGCAUUUAUAAACUUACAUAAGAACAAAAUGAAUAAUGUAGAUGUGUGGGUAGGUGGUAUUUUGGAAACUGAUAAAGGUCCAGGAGAACUUUUCACUGAAAUAAUUAAAGAUCAAUUUACCAGAAUACGAGAUGGUGAUCGCUUCUGGUACAAAAACAUGAAUAACAGACUAUUUACUGAAGACCAAAUCAGUCGCCUGGAACAACUAUCAGUAUAUGAUAUAAUACUGUCAGUAACUGAAAUGAAUUAUGAUGACAUUCAAACCAACCCAUUUGCAGCACCUUCUCUAGAUAAUGGCUACAAUGACCUGAAUGAGAUGUGCCAAAAACAAUUACAUAAUAGCACGUGUGUGGGACAAAAUGAUUUCACGGAAUUUAACUGUUACCACCUUCCACAAAUCAACAUAAAUAAUGUGGAAGACUGUACUGAACCAGAAAGAUAUGAUUACUUCUCCAACAGUGGAACGUCAUUCAUUCUCACAUUUACUGGAGUUGGAGUACUCAUUCUUGGUUUUGUGGGUAUACUUUCCAUUCUUGCUAGGCAGAAGAAAAGGAAACAUCAAGAAAAGAUGUCGAGAAUCGCUGGAAAAGUACGGGAAUCAUUCCACAAAGGAAAGAAAUCUCUCAUUCCAUACUCAGCAUCAGAAUGGGUGGACCGGAAGUCUCCAUUGCGACCUGUGGUUGUGGUGCUGGAUCCAGAAACCAAGAAAGUACAUGUGCGAAACCAACUUGGUCAUUUGCUACGAGCCAUGGAUCUCACACACAGCCAACUAAUUGAUGUUUACAUAAUCAAUGAUGGAGUACAUCUAAUGCUUCGUGUCAACAACUAUUAUGAUCUGGUACUGAAAUUUGAAAGUGAAUACCUCUGUCAGAAUUUCCUUCAAGGUUUUGAACAAUUUAUUCAGCAAGUAGGCAUUAGAAGAGGACGCAUAAACAUGGCUCUACACCCAGCUCUCCGUCAGGCUGUUACACGCAAAGACAGGCAGAAGAGGCUUGAGAUGUUCUUUAGAGUUGUGUUCUCUCAGGCAUUCAAGAUUUCACAUUCAGAAGACGAACUACUGAAACUGGAUUCCGAAGCUGCCCGUGAAAUAAUCUACACCGAGCUCACUAUGAAUGAGUUUGCAGAAGCACUGAGCAUGCCAGCUGAAUCACAAUUUGUUCGCAAGAUGUUUUCACUAGUUGACAAGGACAAAAGUGGAUUUAUAUCAUUCAGGGAAUUUGUAGACAUGCUCAUCAUAUUUGCAAAAGGCACUGCUGAUGCCAAAGCUAAGCUAAUGUUUGAUAUGUAUGAUAUCAACGCUACAGGCCAACUGACUCUACAAGACUUCAAAAAUAUGAUAACCUCCCUGAUGGAGACUGUGAGUGCUGAUGUUGAACAACGUGACCUAGAAACAGCAAUCAACACAACCUUGGUAGCAGCAGGACUUGCAAAUAAGGAUGUGAUAACUGUAGAGGAUUUUCAACAACUUCUUUCAAACAACAAAGGAAGGUUAGGCAUUGACCAAUUAAACCUCACUGGUAUUCCAACACUACAACAGCAAGAGCAGUGUUCUGCGUCCUACAGAAGAACCUUUAUCGAUCAAGCACGUUUCACUGCAUUCAGUAUAUACAGGAAUAUAAAGGAAUUAACAUCUGAAACAGAAACCGAAUGUAACACAGACGAAGUUCACAGGGAAGUGGAAAAUGAUCCCAGAAUAGAUAAUGAUCAAGAGGAGGCUCUUAAAAAAAGAAAAGAGGAACCCAUCCACAGCACUUUUUGGAUAUCUGUAAGACGGAUUACUGAGAAUUAUUCGAGAGAGAUUUUUUGGCUGGCACUUUACACUCUUAUACUUCUGGCGAUAUUUGCAGAAAGAGCAUACUAUUAUUCUGUGGAGCGUGAACACUCAGGCCUCCGACAGAUCGCUGGUUAUGGUGUAACAGUUACUCGAGGAGCAGCUUCUGCCAUGAUGUUUACUUACUCAUCCCUACUAAUCACUAUGUGUCGCAACACCAUCACCAUGCUUCGAGAUACAUUUUUACACAUCUAUAUCCCAUUUGAUUCAGCAGUAUCAUUCCACAAAUAUGUUGCAAUAUGGGCUCUUAUAUUCACUGUGAUACACUGUAUUGGCCAUGGAUUCAAUUUCUACAGCAUUUCUACUCAAACUUCUGAUGAUCUAACAUGUCUGUUCCGGAACUUCUUUCAUGCAACACAUGAAAUACCAAAGUUCCACUACUGGUGCUGGCAAACAAUUACUGGAGUGACUGGUAUACUUCUCACCCUCCUAACAGCACUUAUAUUCAUUUUCACCUUGCCAUUCGCACGUCGGAAGCUGUACAAUGCAUUCUGGUUCACUCAUUCUCUCUACCCAGUUUUCUACCUCCUCAUGAUCUUACAUGGAUCAGGACGCCUUAUACAGCCACCACUUUUUCAUUAUUUCUUCCUGGGACCAUGUAUACUAUUUACUAUUGACCGGAUGGUUUCAGUCAGGCGAAAGAAAGUUGAGAUUCCUGUUGUGGGGGCUGCACUUCUGCCAUCCAAUGUCACAUUUCUGGAGUUCAAGAAACCAAACAAUUUUGAAUAUAAGUCUGGACAGUGGGUGCGUGUGGCCUGCCCUGCUCUUAACACAAGUGAAUAUCAUCCAUUUACACUAUCCUCAGCACCUCAUCAGAAGAAUCUCACAGUGCACAUUCGAGCUGUUGGACCCUGGACAACAAAUAUUCGAAGUCUCUAUGAUCCAAGUCUACUACGGGAAAAACCACUUCCUAAGAUUCAUCUUGAUGGUCCAUAUGGUGAAGGGCAUCAAGACUGGUAUCAAUAUGAUGUAGCUGUAUUGGUUGGUGGAGGAAUUGGAGUCACUCCCUUUGCUUCAAUUCUUAAGGAUAUUGUAUUCAAAGCUAACAUUAAACAUCAAGCGGCCUGCAAAAGGGUCUAUUUUCUAUGGGUAACAAAGACUCAGAAGCACUUUGAGUGGCUGGUGGACAUAAUCCGAGAAAUGGAGAAUACAGACAAAGGAAAAGUUGUUUCCGUUCAUAUAUUCAUCACUCAAUUCUAUCAGAAGUUCGACCUCAGGACCAUUCUUUUGUACAUUUGUGAGCGCCAUUUUCAGCGAGUGUGUGAUCGAUCUCUUUUAACUGGGUUGAAAGCAGUCACUCAUUUUGGAAGACCUAACUUCACACAGUUUUUCAAGUCAGUUCAGAUACUGCAUCCAAAGGUACGCAAAGUAGGAGUCUUUAGUUGUGGACCACGUCCCAUGACCCAAAUAGUGGACAAAGCCUGUUUGGGACUGAACAAAAUAACAAUUGAUGGACCAACUUUUCAGCAUCACUUCAAGAACUUCUAAUAACAUCAUACAACAGUAGUAAGGAAUCUUCAAGAAGUGGCCUACACCAAACACUUUCUUCCAAAAUAUGUUUAUAAGAACAGUUCUGGUUUGUUUGCAACUGUUCCUUGCUUCUAUAAUGUCAAUUUGAAGUUGUUCUCUGUUUACCAUUCUAUAAUCUAAUCUGCAGCAUGGAUUCACAUUCAAAUUCCACUCUAUAUUUAAUACAAAGUGUCAGUAAAAAGGAACUGUUCUAUCAGAACUGCUAGAUGAACAUAAAUAUGCUAAUUGUGGUCUUAUGGCCUGUGACACCAGUAAGUCUUGUAGGUGAUUAUCCUACAAAAGCACAUGAUCUCAUAAUCCAGUCAGAGAAAAAUCUCACACGCACUGACCGGAUAAAAGAAAGAAAAAAUUCCAAGACUGUGUAUUCUAUACAUUCUGCUAGCACAGAGAGAACUAAAACACCUAAGUUAAAAAAUAAUUCUAAGUAAGAUACUGCAAAACAGGAAAAGUAAGAGUAAAGAUCAGUUACUCCUGUGACUAAGAAUGAUGAUGAUGAGGUAAAUUUUCACAUAUUCUUAAUCAUGACACAUCACUGAAUGGAAGAGAUGUAAAAUGGGUGCAAUUGAAAAAGUAUAAAUGUUUGUAAGUCAAUUUACUUGCAAUUUUGUAGGUUUUCUCAGUUUAACAUUCAAAUAUAGACAACUUAUAGUGAUUUUA